UAGGUUAGACGGAGCGAUUUCGUUUAAAUAGCGCCUCGGCAGGCCGGCCCCGAGAAGUCGUGGGUAUUACGCGGAUCUCGUACGGUAUACGCAGUCGUCGCAGGCGUCGCAGCUUGCCGUUUUAGCGUGAAGAACGACGUUAACGGGGAGCUAUCCUCGUGGAUUGCUGUAAACGUCUCGACGACUUCUUCUCGACAGCAUGAACACCGGAGAAAUAAUCGAUUUUUCGGCGCUUGACGCAGAUAUUCAGGAGCUGAUAAGGGAAAGUGCAGUGGUGCGUGAGAAUUCGUAUUCGCCGUACAGCAAGUUCAAGGUAGGCGCGGCGGUCCGAUGCGCGGACGGCAGCAUCUCGAAGGGUUGCAACGUGGAGAACGCGUCCUUCCCCGCGGGCGUGUGCGCCGAAACAUCGGCGAUCGUGAGAGCUGUGUCGGAGGGCAAGAAACAAUUCAAAGCAUUGACCGUCGUCGCCGACCAUGACAACACGAUAUUCACGGCGCCAUGCGGAGUGUGCAGGCAGGUGAUCGUCGAAUUUGGCGAUAUACCGAUCUACUUGACUAGAUCCGACAUGAAAAUGGUUCUAAGGACUCGGAGCAGCGAGUUAUGUCCCCUCUCGUUCAACAUGCCCAAUAUGACAGCGUUGUAACUGAAUUUUCAUCAAAGAUCGUUCGAUCACCACAGAGGCUACGCUGAAUGUGCGGAACGUUUUAUCGAACUUAACUCAAUUAUUUAUUCGAAAUGACACACAUACACUGUUUCGAAUAAAUCAUUAAAUUAAGUUAAUUG